UAGAGACAUGUUUCCGGGUAUGACAGUCAGCUGACAGGAUUUCUAUAGUUUGUGUUCUUCUGUGCAUGUUUACAGAGUGCUGGACGACGAAAAGAAAUAUAAAAAUGACCACAAAUCCGCCGAAAAUCAAGCUGCUGUUUACUGGCAAUGAAAGGCUCCAGAAAAUUAAAGAGUCUUUUCAUAAGAAAUAUGGACAUAUGCCUCUCUUCUAUGCUUGUGCGCCAGGCAGGGUGAAUUUAAUAGGUGAACAUAUUGACUAUUGUGGAUAUGCUGUCCUGCCCAUGGCAAUAGAGCAGAGUAUUCUUGCUGCUGUUUCUGUCAAUGACUCUCAAACAAUCCAACUGGCCAACACUGAUCCGAAAUAUAAGGAUUUCACUGCAUCUGCCCAGAGUAUCUCAAUUGACAAAGAGAAUCCACAAUGGUACUAUUAUUUCCUGUGUGGGGUUAAAGGAAUUCAGGAGCAUCUGGGCUUGCCUUCAUUGACAGGGAUGUGUUGUGUGGUGGACGGGACUGUCCCUGCCAGUUCAGGGCUUUCUAGCUCCAGUGCCCUGGUGUGCUGCGCUGGUCUGGUCACUAUGGAGGCCAAUCAGAAGUCUCUGUCUAAGGUUACUCUUGCCGAGACGUGUGCCAAGUGUGAGCGUUAUAUUGGCACUGAGGGUGGUGGAAUGGAUCAGUCGAUCUCUUUCCUGGCUGAGGAGGGAACGGCAAAGCUGAUAGAGUUUAAUCCACUGCGGGCCACAGACGUCAAGCUACCUGAUGGGGCGAUGUUUGUAAUUGCAAACUGCUGUGUGGAGAUGAACAAGGCAGCCACGUCUCAUUUCAACAUGAGGGUGGUGGAGUGCCGCAUUGCCACAAAGAUGCUGGCUAAGGCGCGAGGUCUGGAAUGGAGUCGUCUGCAGAAACUGGGAGAGCUGCAGACAGAGCUGAAGGUGAGUUUGGAGAAGAUGCAGGAGCUGGUGGAGGACGUCCUGCACCCGGAGGCUUACAGCAGAGAGGAGAUCUGCAAGACUCUGGGAAUCAGUACUGAACAGCUUUGUGAAAACAUUCUCAGUACAAACACACAGCAUGCAACGCACUUUAAUUUGUACCAGCGUGCCAAGCACGUGUACGGCGAGGCUGCCCGCGUACUGCAGUUUAAGGCCGUGUGUGAUUCGGCCCCUGCCAACGCUGUCGCUCAGCUGGGCAAUCUGAUGAACCAGAGCCAUGCCAGCUGUAGAGACCUGUAUGAGUGCAGCUGUCCAGAGCUGGACCAGCUGGUGGACAUAUGUCUACAGGCGGGUGCUGUUGGGUCGAGGUUAACAGGAGCUGGAUGGGGAGGUUGCACAGUUUCCAUGGUACCCAGUGACAGGAUAGAUUCUUUUCUCCAAACUGUUAGGGAGAGGUAUUACGUUCCUGACGCCCGUCGAGCCGCUAUGGAAAAGCAUAGUUUAUUUGUUACAAGGCCAGGAGGAGGGGCGGCCAUUUUUACAGAGGAUUGAAAAAAGGCAAUGUGAUGGUGCCAUUCCUUGGGGCUUUAAAAGUAAGGCGUGAUGCAUUUCAUGUCUGUGAAUCAAAAUGAAAGGGAAAUGUUUUUACUUUUUUCUCAAAGGACUAAAACCUUGUCAAAUACAGUACAUUCCUACUUUGCAAUGCUUUCCUAAAAGCAAUGAAGGUCAACUUUUGAAUGCUUACAUUCAAUAAAAGGAUGUUGAUGUU